CAAGUCAAAGUUGGAGUUUUUAGUUUCAAGGUUUUCAAUUUUUCAUUCCGACCCAGUUGAAAAUUCUUUAGUAGUUGGGGAUUAUUAAGGAAAGUUUGAUGAAUUGAUUGAGGGGACUUUCUCUUUCCAGAAAGUAUAUUGUCAAAAAGCUCUAGACCUAACUCCCUCUAUCUCUCCAUAAAAGGGUCUCUGUUGGGUUGGGGAAGCUAGGGUUUUUUACGCCUCUGGAGGUGAUCUGGUGAUGAUGCUGUGGUGAGAGGGAUUUUAUGAGAUUUGGGGUUUUUUCAAUUUUGGGUUUUGAUUUUAGAGGCUUGUUUGGGAAGCCAAUGCCAUUGGUUUGGAGGGUUGGAAUCGAAGCAUCCCCAACGAGUGGUUUCCAUGUCGUGGGCUGGCCCUGAUGAUAUCUUCCUCUCCACCUCGCUUGCUACUUAUCUUGAUAAAAAACUUCUUGUCUUGCUGAGAGAUGGCCGAAAGCUUUUGGGGUUACUACGUUCUUUUGAUCAAUUCGCUAAUGUUGUUCUAGAAGGAGCAUGCGAGAGAGUUAUUGUUGGAGAUCUUUAUUGUGAUAUCCCCUUAGGUCUAUAUGUAAUUCGUGGGGAAAAUGUUGUCUUAAUUGGGGAGCUGGAUUUAGAUAAGGAGGAGCUUCCCCCUCAUAUGACUCGUGUAUCAGUAACAGAGAUAAAGAGGGUAAAUGUCUUAUCUUUUGUGCUGGAUCAUUUAAGUUUCUCCUUGAAAGCUACUGAGCUGAUUUUAAUUUGUGAAUGCAUGUGUGAUACGGAUGGAUAAGUGGCUGCUUUCUAUCACAAUCGGUGUUGUUAGGGAGGUUGCUAAUGUCAUAAGCUAGUGUUCUAGGUUUUCUGUAGGAAUAUCAACUCAGUGUGACAAUCCUAUUUAUUUUAUUGGACUUCCUAAAUAGGAGAUGACUUGUUGGACACUAAAAUCCAAUUUCUAAUUUUUUGGUUCUUUGUUUUGCACAUGUUUAAAACAAAACUUUGUAUCCAAAAUUUGAAAUGUGAAUCUAGAAUAUACUUGUUCAUUAGGUUCUACGGUGUGAGCAAUUUAUUGUGAUUUUUGUUUCUUCUUAAAUUUCAAUAUUGUCUUCCAAUAUGGUCCAUUGACCUGGUCAUUCUUCAAGCUCCCCACUAUUAGUGGAUGGUGGAGGCAAUUGGCAAGUUACUGUUACGCAGCACAUCUUGCACGUCUGCCAUUUCUUUUAGUUUUAAAAACAAUACAAACUUUUUUCUAUUACAAUGCAAUUAAUUGCAAGGUUAAAAAGGAAAAAGGUGCGUAUACCUACCCACUAGCAAAAACUGAGGAUUGUUGAGUUCAGUACAAAACUCUCCUUGUCAGUUGUGUUUUCUUCAUUUUAAUUACUCAUGUCUAUUGCAUUUCUUCAGGCUCAGAAAGUAGAAAGGGAGGCAACAGAUUUGAAGGGCACCAUGAGAAAAAGAAUGGAGUUCCUAGAUUUCGACUAAGAGAUGCCUUCAUUCUUUUAAUGGGUUCAUGCCAUGUUUGCCAACCUUAAUGUAGUGGUGACCAAAAAUUGAAAAUGAGCUGGAUGGGAUUGAAAGAUUCUUGUGUCGUAUCAGUUGCCUUAGGAGGGAGUUAGAGCUAAAAAGUAGUAACUGUUCUGGAGAUCUGAUCUGCUAAACAGCUAGUAAGGGGAAGUUGUUUCUUUGGGUCUCUUUAGAGGCAAUGGUGACGACCUUCUUGUUCCUCUGUUGCACGUGCAGAAUGUGCAUGUCAUAGAAUUUGGUUCUUCAGUUUAGGUUAGGUUUUUGGGUUUUUACCAAAAAUAUUUUCUCUUAUUUUCUCCCUACUAAUUUCUCUGGGCUUUUACCUCUCAUUUGUUGCUUUGGUGCCGAAUUUUGUAAUGGCACAUUUGAUUAUCCAUUAUCUAGUUCUUUAUGUUACAUAAUCUUUAGAUGUUUGUGCCCUGUGUUUUAUUGU